AUGGCGAGAGAAAUACCAGAGAGCAUGGAACUGCCUCUAUCCUGGGCGGAUAGCGGGCAGUCAGUCCUCAAGCUCAACAUCCGCCAUCUUUGGUUGUGUGGUGUGUGGCCACUACCUGGUUCCUGGAUAUUUGAGGUGUACGGAGCUUUGGGGCUCGUGCUUGGCGUCUGGAACGCUAUAGAGAGUACACUGGCCCUCUACUUCUGUUGGGGAGACAUGGAUGAGUCGACGAUGGUAUUCAUCAGCACCUUCAGCAUCGGCUGCGGUACUGUCAAGAUGGCCUUCUUCAUGCGCAGUCGGAGACAGUACUACGCGCUGGCUCGAAGGGUGGAGAUGCUGGUGUCUCUGCAAAGUGAAUUCUGCUCGGCAGACCCUGCCUUGGCUGACAUUAGGCAGGGCUCGCAAAGGCGUGCCUCCCGUCUCACCAUAGGACUGCUGCUCUUAAUGUUGUCGCAGUACCCUUUGUGGUUCCCGAUGCCUUUAAUUGCGCGUCCAGACGAACGGCGCCUGCCAUUCGCUCAGCACGGCUGGGACAACAACACAAACUUCUACGAGCUAUCGUACGUCGUACAGUGCGUGAUAGGGGCGUGGACCACCCAAAUCAGCAACAGUGUGGACUUACUGUUCGUUAGCAUCAUGAUCCUCACAGCUUCGCAGCUGCAGAUUCUCACAAUACGCAUAGCCAGUCUCAAACGUGAGGACAUAGAAGUAAAGCUAGAGAAAGGAAUCAGUUGCGUGGCAGAUCAGACGGAGAAUAGUUGCAGUGAUAAAAUGUAUGAAAAAUUGUGUCAGUGCAUUGAGAGUCACCAGAAUAUACUCAGGUUCGUCAAGCAUUUGGAGAAGACAAUGAGUUCCAUAGUAAUGACACAAUUCAGCUUCAGCGUCCUCGUCACGUGUGUGUCAUUGUUUCAAGCAACAUACGCGGAGGCAGUAACGCUGGCGGCGUACAGCUGUUCCUGGUUGAAGGCGAGCCAUCGAUUCAAGCGCUCUUUGAGGAUCCUCAUGAGCCGCGCCCAGAAACCGCUCGUUCUCACCGCUGCACACCUCUACCCCAUGAACAGAGAAGCGUUCGUUUCGCUGGUGAAUGCAUCAUAUUCAUACUACGCAUUGCUGGGUCAAAUGACUAAAUGA